AUGGACAAACCGCAUCCUCCAUUCAGGUCCUUCUCGUCGGCCUCCUCCACCAGCGUCAACCUGAGCUCCACAAACAUCUCCCGCGUGCCCUCGGGCCCGCUUCUAUCGCUGAACAUGCUGCUCAACCGAACCUCGUCUGCUCAGGAUCACUUGUACCAUAAAGCCAAGGUCAUGCUACGGGCAAUGGCCAAGAUCGACGGAAUGGCGCCCUACUUGAACGCAGCUUACACGGCAGCUGAGCGGUGUGCUGAGCAGCAGGCGUUGGCGUUGCCUCAGCAGCUUCAGAGCGACGGAUCGAGCUCCAAUGCCUUCAGGGUGAGUGUGGGCUCUGCAGGGUUUUCGAUUCAUUCGAAUCAGAGCGUCGACAAGAAGGGGGAGAGGAACCAGAUUUGCAUCUUCACAUUCACCGCAGGCGUGCUUCCUACAAGCAUUAGCACUGACCCGGUGACUGAGCUAUCGAAGUUAUUUCAACAGGGAAUUCCUUUGUGCUUGUUGUACAAUGCUGCGUUCCCCAAUGCGCCAAUCAAAUACGUCGCCAGUGAUGAUAUCAAGUCUACAAAAUCGAAUAUUCUCGGCCUCAGUAUGGCCUACCAAAGUAACAAGGAGCUGGAUCCCUCCCUUUACGUCAGCGCCUCCGAAGUUCUCCUGGACAGCACGCAUGAUCUCCUCAAAAUAAUGAAGUUGGUUAAUUCUUUGCUUGAAAAAGCUGGGGUCUCGACUGAUGAUGCCAGUAUACCCGACAUUGGUGAGCUAAAGCUUACCGACGACAAGCAAAAAGUGUUUAGGGAGUUGGUACAAACUGAACGAAAGUAUCUCUCUGAUCUCGAGCUACUUCUAGAGUACAGAAACGAACUCGCAAAUUCUGCUGAUAUAUCUAGCGAGCAGCUCCAUCUACUAUUUCCAAACUUGAAGGAUAUUGUCGAUUUCCACAGAAGAAUUCUCAACGGGUUUGAGUGCAACUAUAAUGUUCCUACAAAAUACCAGCGCAUAGGCUCAAUUUUUUUACAUGCAUCAAAUGGUCCAUUCAAGGCUUACGAGCCGUGGACCAUAAAUCAGGUCGCUGCCAUCGAACUCAUCAACCGUGAAGCCGCAACACUUCGCAAGGCUUCAUCUAUUCUUGAUCCUGGAUUCGAGCUACAAUCAUACAUCAUCAAGCCUAUUCAACGUCUUUGUAAGUACCCCUUGUUGAUCAAGGAGCUUAUCAAGGCCUACAGUGAUUGCUCAGACACUGAAUGCUAUCUUGAGCUACAGCGUGCGAGUAUCGCCUUGAAAGAUGUUGCUAAUCAGGUAAAUGAAGCGCAGAGACGAGCAGAAAAUGCCGGUUUCUGUCAGAGUUUAAUGGAGCGAGUAAACAACUGGCGUGGUUUCUCACUCAAAGAUCAAGGUGAACUCCUAUACCAUACUCCCGUUGCUGUAAAGGCGAAAGAUGGGGCCACUGAAAAAGAGUACAUUGCUUGUUUAUUUGAGCAAAUCUUAUUUUUCUUCAGCGAGGUUCCAUCACAUGAAUCAAAGCAUAAGGAGAAAAAAAUGAGAGAGUUCCUUACCUCACGGAAGAAGAGUAAUAGCGGUAUGUCUAACUCGACUGCAAAUCUUUUGGAAAACCUCAAUAGUGUCAAGGAGAAGACGUCCCUCGAGUUGAAAUGCAGAGUGUAUGUCUCCGAGAUAUAUCAAGUAGCCUCACUCAAUUUGCCUGGCUAUUGGCUUCUCAUUUCUUGGAGAAUGUCUGAAGAUCGAGGGAAGGGAGAGUUUAGAUUGCGUUACAGAACGGAAGAGGCCAGGUCACAAUGGGAGACCUGCUUAAAGCAGCUCAAAGACUACGAAUGUGAUCCCCGUCACAGAACGGCUCUUGAUUCCCGAGGUUCACAGGGAGCGCUUGACUUUUACGAGUACGGCUACAACGACUCGAUGUCGCAUCCUUCUCGUUAUGACGGAGCCCCCUCCAAUCAGAGAGUCAACUCGUCAGCUUCAGGGAUGAGUUUGAUGAAGUCCAGCAGAAACCAGCCCCACUCAUCACGGGUGUCUGGCUCAUCUAUGAACGGACAGCAAUCGCACAAUGAGUCUGGUUCUUAUGGCCACUUGAUUGCAAUCAAAUUAAUUUAUGACGAUAAAACAAUCGAGCAACCACUCAUAAUCCCUAGUGGGGCGUCAUUUUUCGAGCUCCAUCUGCGCAUAUCGUCCCACAUAGCACUGAGCUCUGGAGUAGACGACGAUGUUGUCAUAAGCAAGCUCAAGUACACGGAUGAAGACGGAGACCUUGUGGUCAUGGGAUCAGAUGACGAUUGGCAGGUUGCUGUGGAUAUGCUUGAUGAGAUUUUCGAUGCUGACGACUCAAACAAAUCGCUUACGAUAAUAGUUGUAUAA